GUGUGUUAUCGUCUUUAUUUCUUCAUUUAGAAACAGUAGCAUGAGAAUAAAUAUAUAUACACACAAUAUGCUCUUUUGCCAAACGUGAUUUAUUGUAAUAUGCCAUAGCAAUCAACAAUUGAAAAUCCACAAGAGCACCACCAAGAUGGAUCAGUGGGUGAAGGUACUCAGAUGGCUCUCUAGGACCCCCAAAGUGAAAGGAAAGAACCAAAUUCCAUAAGACCUCCUCCACAUGUGCUCUGUAGCACAAGCAUGCACAUACACCAAAUUAAAUAAAUUAUAAAGUCAUGUGACCUUUCAAUAAAUGCAGAAAACCAACGGGAGAAAAUCCGCCUUUUGAGACGAGAGGCUACAACAGUGUAGGGACAUAAGAUUACAUUUUGCUUGUAAGUAAUGUCAUACUUAAUGAAUCAAUGAAGAGAAAUAAGACAUAUCCAUUCUCGGUAGCUCUCUUAUCACUGCCCUAGAGGUGCUCUCCAGGACCUGUGGCCGCAGUAAUGAUUGAGAGUCAUGUAAAUUGGAGGAUGAAGGACAUAAUCAUUUGGAGAUGAGGUGACACUGUGUUCAUUAAAAAUAUGACACAUGAAAAGGUUGAGCAAAGUAACAAAGGUCAAAAAUAAAACUAGCUGUUUCUCUACACAAAGAACAGUCCGAGGAUGAAGCUGAGCAAUUCCAGUGAAGGAUACCAAAAGCAAAACAUUCAAAAUAACUUUCUCGAAAGAUGUGAGAUCUUGAUCACUGAAAACUACACUGUGUGGUUUGUUUUGGGGUCACUGGCUGUCACCUUUCCACCUGCUCCCUUGGCGCUAGGGCCUGUGCUUUCAUAGAAGGAGGUAGGGAUUGCGUUUCUGUCCUUUACGUCAUUACAGAUUUGCUCAGGAUGAGGCCUGCACACUCAAAUGUGUGUUACUGUCUCCUUGUUAUGGAUAGAAGAAUGACUUCCACAGAGAGGGCAUCCUAAAAAUGUAACACCAGGGGUUGGUGUCCUUUGAGGAUGUCUAUGUGGACUUCACCUGGGAGGAGUGGCAGGACCUGGAUGAUGCUCAGAGGAAGCUCUACAGGGACGUGAUGCUGGAGACCUACAGGAUUCUGGAGUCCUUGGGUUACUGCAUUACCAAACCUGAGGUGAUCUUUAAGUUAGAACAAGGAACUGGACCGUGGAGAGUAGAAGAAGUUCCAGAGCAGAGUCGGCCAGAUGUCCAGAAAGUAAAUGAACUGGAUGAAACCAGCCAGGACAAUCAAGAGAGACAUUUGUGGGACCAUGUAAUUGCCAACAGCAACAUGUCAACUGAGAAGAAUGUUAAAUUAGGAAAAAUAUUUAAUGUGAGCUCAAACCAUGUUUCAAAUCUGACUGUAAAGAAUGGUAAUUCUUCAGGAAUGAGGCCUGCAACACCUAAUGUAUGGCAGAAUGUGCUUCCCCCUAACGAGCCUGGUAACAUGCAGACUCGAAAGGAACUUGAUGGCUCUGUAAGCAGGACCCCCUUACGCGCACAGCAUCAUAGACUGUAUAACAGAGCUCCAAGUACUCGACAGCAUAUUCAGUGUUGCAGGCAAGAAGCAACCUACAACACAAAGGCAUUCUGGACAAAUAAGAGGUUUCACAUUGCUCAUAGUUCCAGCAAAUCUGGUGAGUCUGGGAAGGCAUCUGAUGAGGUAGAGAUGACUUGGAGAAGAGCAGGAACUUUUGAAUGUAGUAUUUGUAAGAAAACAUUCUGUUCAAAGUUGAAGCUCAUUACACAUAAGAAAACACACAAAGUACAGAAAUAUUACAAGUGUAGUGAUUGUGAGAAAACCUUCAUUAAGAAAUCAUACCACAAAAACCAGAUAAUACAUGCUGGAGUCAGAUCCUACAGAUGUAGACAAUGUGAGAAAAUUUUCCAUCAGAAAAAACAGCAAACUGCACAUCAGAGAGUCAGUGGAACAAAACUUUAUGAACUUCAUCAAUCCGAAAAAAGCUUUAGUGAGAAGGCAAAUCUCAGGAGGCAUCAAAAAACCUGCACAGGUUAUAAACCCUAUGGAUGCCAUAUGUGUGGGAAAUCGUUCUACCGUAAGGCCCACCUCAACAGGCAUCAGAGAACUCACACAGGUGAUAAACCCUAUGGAUGUAACGAAUGUAAGAAAGCGUUCUACCACAAGUCGUCCCUCACCAUACACCAGAGAACCCACACAGGCGAGAAGCCCUACGAGUGUAAGAAAUGUAGGAAAACGUUCUACUGUAAGUCAGACCUGAAUGUGCAUCACAGAACCCACACAGGCGAGAAACCGUAUGAGUGCGACGAAUGUAGAAAGACAUUCUACUCCAAGUCACACCUCAUCAUACAUCAGAAAAUUCACACAGGUGACAAACCAUAUGAAUGUGAAGAAUGCCAGAAAACAUUCAACCGGAAGUCCAACCUUACUGUGCACCAGAAAACACACACCGGGGAGAAACCUUAUGAAUGUAGUGUGUGCGGAAAAACUUUUCACCGUAAGUCACACCUCAAAAUGCAUCAGGGAACUCACACUGGUAAGAAACCCCAUGAAUGUAAAGAAUGUGGGAAAGCUUUCUACCAGAAGUCAAGUCUCAGCAGGCACCAGAGGAAUCACACAGGUAACAGGCCGUAUGCAUGCGAAGAGUGCAGGAAAACAUUCCUCCAUAAGUCCUCCCUUACUGUCCAUCAAAGGAGCCACACGGGCUAUAAACCGUACUCCUGUGAAGAAUGCAGGAAGACGUUUUACAGCAAGUCCCAUCUCACUGUACACCAGAGAACACACACAGGCGAGAAGCCCUAUGAGUGCAAAGUGUGUGCGAAGGCUUUUCACCAGAAGUCCUACCUGAACAGGCAUCAGAUAACUCACGAGAGUGAGAAACGGUUUGAGUGUCUCAAGUGUAGGAAAACAUUCUACCAUAAGUCAUCCCUCUCUGUGCAUCAGAAAAUUCACCUGAGGGAAGGCCCUUGAGUGUAAGGCAGCAAGCUCUCUUAGCAGAACCCAUCAACGGGCAUCAGACAAGCCAAGCGCAGGAGCUACUCCAGGAAUGUGAUGAGUGAGGACAGUGUUUUGUUUGCUGGCCACCUUAACAGAGAAAAUCUGUGUCUCCACUAGGUAGUCUGUCUGACCAUGUCACAGCCCUACAGAAAAGUGCAUAUAUACGGUGGUCGUUAUUUCCACCAGGAACACAGAAACACUCUUCUCCUCAGUUGAGUUUUCAUUAUCUCUGGGCCUGACGUGGCAUGACCUGCGAGAUGACCUUGCCAUCCAUUGUCAGAAAGUCACCAAUUUAAGAGGUGUUCUCAUUUUUAUCCCAAAUACUCUUAGUUUAGUUGAGGAACACUUUCUCAAACCAUUGUGCAUGAUGUUUUGAUAAGAAUGCAAAUCCUCCAUAGCUAAUUCAGUUAAUGAAAAUUUUGAGAGAACUUACAUGCUCUUUACUAUUUCAAAAUUUGUACACAAGGGAAACUGCAUAGCAAAUUGAGACUACUUUAUCAGAAAUUUCACUGAAUAGUUUGAAUAAAUUAAAUGUUGAUAAGUCAGUGUGUGAAACUUUUAACAAAACUUUCAUGUCAGCAGUUUGUAAUGAAGGAAAACUACCAGUCUUUGUAAUUUUAAUAUUGACUUUCCAAUACAUGGAAAUACAUGUGCCAAUAAACAAUGAGUGACAUUA